AUGGUAAGACACCGCCAUCAACAACAACACUUCAAGCGCACGCACAAAAAGCUGUCGCGUCUAUCACGACAUGUCACUACAGCUGAUUCCCGACUUGUCCAAGAUGAUCAAGACGACAUCUCAAAGUCGGGUGCCCAGCAACGAGUGAUAUUCAGUCUAUGCCAGUGCGAAAACGUCCAUGCCAAUGGGAAGCUGGCGCGGACGUCGAUAUACAAUGCCGAGACAUUGAAAAAUCUGGCAAAGGGUCACUUGGGCACAUGCGUGAGUGUCGUCAUGUGGCCACGUCUGCCACCGACUCGAUCGAGUCCAGCCACCACGUCAGUAGACGCACGGCUUGACCACUUGAUGGUGCCUGGCAGCUCGCAAAGCCCAGUCCGUCCAUGGGCCAACUAUUGGAAAGAACAGAUCGAAGCCAUGAUGGAAGCGUCUGCGGCAUCAGGCGCAAGCAAAACUGUACUUGCCACAAGCCGUCGCGAGUCGACGCCGGUACGCGGGCGCGUCACCACCAAGUCUCGCUCGAGGCUCGCUUUCAUGUUCGAACGUCUGGUGGUUGGGCGGGAUUCCGAGGCUGAGAGAUGA